AUGGACGAAGAUACGGGAUUAAGGUCGCACCGGCGAGAACAGAAAGAAAACAAACGAAAAAGGAGAGAGGGGGAACGUGAUAAGUGGGAGAGAGAACGAGAAAAGGAGCGUGAUCACUACAAAGAGCGGGAAAACGAGAGAGACAACAAGAGUCAGACUAUGACAGAGAACGCAGUAGAGAGGGGAAGAAGGCCCGUGGCAGAGCGCGACCAGGAAAGAGAACCGUUGAACAAAAGAAUGCGAUCACCUAAGGAAGACCUUUUAAAGGGAGAGGCGACAGAAAAACAAGAGAUGGAAAAGAAGUUGAAGAAAGAGCCUUUGUCUUUAGAAGAAAUUGUAGCAAGAAAAAGGGCAGAGGAGGAAGCUCUUAGCCAUCCCAAAUUCUUCACCAAGGCAGAGAGGCAAGCAGAGGCACUCAGGCGCAGACAAGCAGAGAUCGAUGACAUGCACAGGAAGCAAGAUGAGGAGAGGAAGGCUCGGGAAGUCAUGUACCAGGAUGGUCGGCGGGAACUGGAGCUGGCCUUGAGGCAGGACGAUCCUCGGGAGCGUAACAGACACCGCAGGGACAGAGAGCCAAGAGAGAAUAAGGAGGAUGCUGAGUUGGAAAGGAAAAAGCAGCUUGAGCGAGAUGUUGUUAAUGAAAGAUACCUUGGUAUUGUGAAAGAUAAGAAAAAGAUUCGCAGGUUGAAUGACCGCAAGUUCUUGUUUGACUGGGAAGCCAGUGAGGACUCAUCAGUGGACUACAAUGAGCUAUACAUCAAAAAGCAUCCUGUUCAUUUUUUUGGUCGUGGGCAUUUUGGUGGGAUAGACUUAAAUGAGCAAAAGAAAGUUCAAUCAAAGUUUUAUGGAAACUAUAUAGAACCUCGUCGUACUCAGGUUGGCAAAGAUCAAGAGUUGGUUCGCAUAAAGAAAGAACAGAAGAAAGAGGAUAAGAAAAAGUGGGAUGAUCGACACUGGAGUGAAAAGAAUGUAGUGGAGAUGACAGAACGUGAUUGGCGGAUUUUCAGAGAAGAUUACAAUAUUGCAAUCAAAGGAGGUCGCAUCCCCAAUCCCAUUCGUAAAUGGGCAGAAUCUAAAAUAACGAAAGAUAUUUUGGACAUUAUUGCUAGUGUUGGAUUUCCGGACCCGACACCAAUUCAGAGACAGGCCAUCCCAAUUGGCUUACAAAAUCGAGACAUUAUUGGUGUUGCAGAGACUGGUUCUGGUAAGACUUUAGCAUAUCUUAUUCCUCUUCUGGAAUGGAUUCAGUCUCUUCCAAAAAUUGUUAGGUUAGAGGAUGCAGACCAGGGGCCAUACGCAUUAGUCAUGGCUCCAACACGUGAACUGGCACAACAGAUCGAAGAAGAAGCGGCAAAGUUCGGAGGUCCUCUUGGCAUCCGCACAGUGGCAGUUAUUGGCGGCUUGUCACGUGAAGAACAAGGUAUGAAGUUACGAAUGGGCUGUGAAAUUGUUAUUGCCACUCCUGGCCGUCUAGUAGAUGUGCUUGAAAACCGAUACCUUGUAUUGAAUCAGUGUACCUAUGUUGUCUUUGAUGAGGCUGAUAAAAUGAUUGAUAUGGGUUUUGAGCCAGAUGUUCAAAAAAUUCUUAAGUUUAUGCCAGUGACAAAUGAAAAGCCAGACAAUGAGGAUGCUGAAGAUGAGGACAAGUUGCUGCAAAAUUUUCUCUCUACACAUAAGUAUAGGCAAACAGUCAUGUUUACAGCUACUAUGCCAACUGCUGUAGAAAGAAUGGCAAGGCAGUAUCUUCGACGACCUGCCUAUGUGUACAUUGGUUCUAUAGGCAAACCUGUGGAACGUGUUGAACAGGCUGUGUUCCUGGUUAGUGAACAAGAGAAGCGUAAGAAGUUACUAGAUAUUUUGAAGCGGGGCAUUACUCCUCCGGUACUCAUUUUUGUCAAUCAGAAGAAGGGUGCAGAUUUGUUAGCCCGUGGUCUGGAAAAUCUAGGCCACAAUGCCACAACUCUCCACGGUGGUAAAAGUCAAGAACAGCGUGAACAUGCUCUCGCUAGUUUCAAGUCUGGAGAAAAGGAUAUCCUCGUGGCUACAGAUGUUGCUGGUCGUGGUAUUGAUAUUAAGGAUGUAUCUCUUGUCAUCAAUUAUGAUAUGGCAAAGAACAUUGAGGAAUACACCCACAGAAUUGGUCGUACUGGUCGUGCCGGAAAGCAUGGAAAGGCCAUCUCUUUCUUAACCAAAGAUGACUCCCACUUGUUCUAUGAAUUGAAACAGCUAAUUCUUUCAUCACCAGUGUCGACCUGCCCGCCAGAGCUGGCUAACCACCAUGAAGCCCAACAUAAACCUAGAACAGUUAUAACAAAGAAAUCAUGGGAAUAG